AGGGACACCUCCCCUGCCGGGCAGCUCCCCUUGCCCAGGGCCACGGAGGUGCCCAGGCGAGAGGCAGGAGGUGCUGGUGACGAGGGAGAGGACCUGACGAGCAGGCUGUGCCACACAGAGGAGCCCUUCUUCUGCCCACGAGCCCUUGGCUCUCUCUUCCCCUGCGAGGAUUUGGAACUGGAGUCCCCCGCGCCUGAUGCGGCCCAGGACACGGACCUGCUGGCACCAUCACCAGUGGGGGAGUUCCUUGAUGAACCCCUCCAGGACACCUCCACUGUGCUGGAGGGACCAGUGGCUUCAGAGAAUGGCAUGGGGGACCUGGAGGAGGGCGUUGCCACCAGCUCGGAUGCUGGCCUGCCUCCCGCCUCUGCUGUUGUGCUGAGCUCCUGCCCUGACAUCCAAAUCGACCCAGCAGUUGAGAAGGGAGAGGAAAGCCCGGCUGUCCCCAAGAAGUCCUCCUCGCAGAGACCCUCCAGCUUGGGGAAAGAUCUGGGGACAGCAGAGGGUCUGCCACAAAGCCCCCUAGACCCCGGGCAGACUUUGCCCUUGCUCUCAUCCUCCCCGACGGCUUCCAUCAGCACCUUCAGCUUUGAGCCCCUCAGCAGUCCCGACGGGCCAGUGGUCAUCCAGAACCUGCGGAUAACUGGGACCAUCACGGCCCGAGAGCACAGCGGAACCGGCUUCCACCCCUACACCCUGUACACCGUCAAGUAUGAGACGGCCGUGGAAGGUGACAGCGCGGGCAGCCUUCAGCAAGUGGCUUACCACACUGUGAACCGCCGUUACCGGGAGUUCCUCAACCUCCAGACCAGACUGGAGGAGAAACCGGAGCUCCGCAAGUUCCUGAAAAAUAUCAAAGGCCCAAAGAAACUGUUCCCUGAUCUCCCGUUUGGAAACAUGGACAGUGAUAAAGUGGAAGCCAGAAAAAGUCUGCUAGAACCUUUCCUGAAGCAACUGUGUGCGGUCCCUGAGAUUGCAAACAGUGAGGAGGUGCAGGAGUUCCUCGCCCUGAACACUGACGCCAGGAUUGCGUUCGUCAAGAAGCCCUUUGUUGUCUCCAGGAUAGACAAG